AACAAUAAAUUUGGGUAUAAAAUUAAAAUGACCACAUUUGAAAAUUCGCGAAAUCCAUAUUUAAAUGAUAAUGAUCGAAAACAAUAUAGUUUCGCUUCGUCAGACACCGAUGAGACGGAAAAUGAGAUUCCCUAUCAUGCGCGUGAACAUGCAAGACCCUUUACGUAUGGAAAACUUCCCAAGGGCUUUAAGAAAAGCGAUUUGAAUCAUGUGUCACUGGACGAUAUUCCGGAUACACCGAAAACAUUCAAUAAGGCACCAACACCAACAUCGUUACCGCCAAGCCCAACGGCUCAAAGGAAGACCGCUCGUCCUAGCGUUUCUCCCUCCAGACCGGUUCUACGAAAAACGCCAUCACGUCAGGAAUUUGAAGAAAUGCUAAGAGAACGUCAGGAACAGUCACUUAGAGAACAGAACUUGGCAUUGAAAGAAGCACAGAACGCGUCCAUCCAAAAAGACUUAGAUGAGCUACAAGAGAAAUUGAACAAGAGUGCAUUACUGCAAAUGUCUGAGGCACAAAAAGUUCAAACGUCUUCCGUAGCUGAGAAUACCUGCCGUGAGGUUGUCAAACUUGUGGAAACCAUAGAUUUACCCGAUGAAAAUGCUUCCGUUGACCAGACAACACCGUCAAAUGCCAUUGUGGAGGCCCCCAGCAGAUGUGAACCGUCGCUCGCACUCGUCGAAGCCAAGAGACCCGAAACCCCCGCCUUUCCUGUAUCUACGAAAUCUACAUUGGAAGAUCGCUGUGUAAGUCCAUACCAGUUGUCUGCCCCGGCAUCACCAAUUCUUCCACGUACCAAUUCAUUUACGAAUAAAGCGAGUGAAAAGAAACGUUCGCCACUGAAAUUGCCAGCUUUACCCUCGAUUAUCCCGUCUAAAUCUAAAGAGAAAAAGCAUGCGGAAGUUCAUCACGAUGUUGCCCCUCACUUGGUGAAAUUUGCUAGGGAUUCUUCCGAAUUUUGGUACAAACCACACAUGACAAGGGAGGAGGCCGUGUCACUUCUACGACAUGCCGAACCUGGUACUUUCAUCAUACGCAAUUCUACCACUUAUAAAGGGGCAUUUGGAUUGGUGUUGCGUGUCGCCAAACCUCCACAGGGGGUGUCGGUAGCCGAAAAUACUCCUAAUAGUGAUGUAUUGGUUCGACAUUUUCUUCUGGAGCCCACUACGCGAGGCGUUCGUCUCAAGGGAUGUGUUAAUGAGCCUGCAUUCACAUCACUAUCGGCCCUAGUAUAUCAGCACUCCAUUAACCAGCUGGCAUUGCCCUGCAAACUUGUCAUACCCAACCAAGAUAUAAUGCUAUCCGAAGCGGAUCGUGACAUGAUCCAGAGGCAGAAACAAUUGCUACAACAGGGUGCGGCAUGCAAUGUGCUACUCAUUUUCAGCAUGAACACGGAAUCCCUAACAGGCGAUGAGGCUUUGCGUCGUGCAGUUCACGAAAUGUACGCCCAGUCGGCCACACAUAAUCCUAUCGAGGUGCAUUUUAAAGUAACGCAAAAUGGAAUCACGCUGACAGAUAACAAGAGACGGCUUUUCUUCCGACGACAUUAUACUACCAACUCCAUUUCCUACAUUGCCGUUGAUCCAGACAAUCGAUUCUACACAGUGCUGGCAAAUGAUGAGGGCUUAAAUCGCGCCGUGAACAAGACAAUAUUUGGAUUUGUAGCUCGACCGGCUGGCAGUCGUGAUAAUCAAUGUUUCGUUUUUUGUGACUUGGCUGCAACACAGCCUGCAUCGGCCAUUGUAUCCUUCGCCCAGAAGAUAUUGCAUUUGAAUAAAAACGCCGAUUUAUUGUGAACA